AUGGAAAGAAGACACAAAGUUGCUGUGAAGGUGUUCUCUAAAUCAUCCGGCGCUGAAUCCUCAGGGCAGCCGGAGAAGCCAUUUCUAGCUGAGGCACAACUCUUAACAAUAGUCCACCAUGGAAACUUGGUUUCCCUUAAAGGAUAUUGUGAUGACUCCAAAAAUAAGGCGUUGAUAUAUGAAUUCAUAGCUAACAGAAAUUUAAAACAACACUUAUCAGGCCAGGAUGUCGGUGUAACAGGGGCCAAGCCAAAUGUCCUGACUUGGGAUAGGAGACUACGAAUUGCUGUAGAAGUGGCACAAGGUUUAGAUUAUCUCCAUAACAGUUGCAUCCCGUCCAUCAUCCAUAGAGACAUCAAGACUACAAAUAUCUUGUUGAAUGAAAACAUGCAAGCCAAAAUAUCUGACUUCGGUCUGUCGAGACCUUUGGCAGCUGCAAAUGGUUCUUACAUGUCAACCAGUCCUUUGGGCACUCCUGCGUACCUGCCCCCUGAGUAUAAAGCAUUUGCUUAUGAAUUAAACAAGAAAAGUGACGUCUAUAGUUUUGGGAUUGUGCUCCUUGAGCUAAUUUCAGGACAUCCAGCAAUCAAUACAAGUGGAGAUGGAAAAAGCGUGCACAUACGUGAAUGGGCAAUUCCGAAGUUCAAAAAUGGAAAUAUACGCGGACUUAUCAAUCCAAAGGUGGAAGAAAAAUUCGACAUCGACUCGGCCGAGAUAGCAGCGAAGGUUGCGGAGUCUUAUUUGAAGAGGGCGAUUGAACUGGCAUCCAAGCACAAGUAUGUGGACGGAAAUCAAGAGGAGCAUAUAGAAGCGACCUCCUUGGAAGUCGAAUUAGAUAAUGCACCCCGUCGUUCAUCCGUCAUCGCCGACCACUUUGUCCGUCGAUGGCCGGUUGCCGCCGCCAUUGCCGUCGGUCAUUGGUUGCCGAACGCCGCCGCCACCGGUCAUUGCUGGACGCCGUCGUUGUCGAACGCCAUCAUUGCUUGUCAUCGGACGUUGCCGGUUGCCAGCCGCCGGUUGCCAGACACUGCCGCCACCGCCGGCCGCCGAAUGCCACCGCCGGCCGCCGCCGCGAUCGCCACCGCCAAUCGCCAGAUGCCAUUGUUGCCGCGGCCGCCAAAUGCCACCACCGCCACCACCGCCGUCCGCCAUCCGCCGGUCACCGCCGUUUGA